CUAAUAAAGCGCAGGAUCUCACUCAACGGAAGUGGCUGUUGGAGGUAUUUAGGUAGCUUUAAAUUCCUGGUGUCGCGGAAGCUCGCCCCUUUCAGUUGGAGCCGAGUUUCGUGAGACGAAUGGCGGUGGACGUGAAGUCGCGAGCAAAGCGUUAUGAGAAACUGGACUUCCUCGGGGAGGGACAGUUUGCCACGGUUUACAAGGCCAGAGACAAGAACACCAACCAAAUUGUCGCCAUUAAGAAAAUUAAACUUGGACAUAGAUCAGAAGCUAAAGAUGGUAUAAAUAGAACAGCCUUAAGAGAAAUAAAAUUAUUACAGGAGCUAAGUCAUCCAAAUAUAAUUGGUCUCCUUGAUGCUUUUGGACAUAAAUCUAAUAUUAGUCUUGUCUUUGAUUUUAUGGAAACUGAUCUAGAGGUUAUAAUAAAGGAUAAUAGUCUUGUGUUGACACCAUCACACAUCAAAGCCUACAUGUUGAUGACUCUUCAAGGGUUAGAAUAUUUACAUCAGCAUUGGAUUCUACAUAGGGAUCUAAAACCAAACAACUUGUUAUUAGAUGAAAAUGGAGUUCUAAAACUGGCAGAUUUUGGCCUGGCCAAAUCAUUUGGGAGCCCCAAUAGAGCUUAUACACAUCAGGUUGUAACCAGGUGGUAUCGGGCCCCUGAGUUACUCUUUGGAGCUAGAAUGUAUGGUGUAGGUGUGGACAUGUGGGCUGUUGGCUGUAUCUUAGCAGAGCUUCUUCUGAGGGUUCCUUUUUUGCCAGGAGAUUCAGACCUUGAUCAACUAACAAGAAUAUUUGAAACUUUGGGCACACCAACUGAAGAACAGUGGCCGGACAUGUGUAGUCUUCCAGAUUUUGUGACAUUUAAGAGUUUUCCUGGAAUCCCGUUACAACACAUCUUCAUUGCAGCAGGAGACGACUUGCUAGAUCUCAUACAAGGCUUAUUCUUAUUCAACCCAUGUACUCGAAUUACAGCGACACAGGCAUUGAAAACUAAGUAUUUCAGUAAUCGGCCAGGGCCGACACCUGGAUGUCAGCUGCCAAGACCAAACUGUCCGUUGGAAACUUUAAAGGAGCAGUCAAAUCCAAUUGUAGCAACAAAACGGAAGAGAACACAGGCUUUGGAACAAGAGGUGAAGCUUUAAACUUGUACAGGAAGAACAUGAAUGGGAGAAGUGGGAAGAGCGUGCAGGGAAUUUAAGAUGAAGACCAAAACUGGAGGAUGGUACAUCAGCUGGGAAAAGGGCAUAAAAGGCAAGUACAGAGUGUUAAAGAAUUACAUUUUAAAAAAAGUUGAAUUAAUAGGAAGCAGAAAGAUUAACUUAACCACAACCUGUAACAAAAGGAAAGCAAAGAUACUAACCAACUCUGUCAG